CUCACAUGAAACCCCACACAAAAUAUUGUAAAAACUUUACCAUUUUUAGUCAUCAUCACCUCAUUCUUCACUUUCACAAAAAAAGGAAAAAACAAAAAAAAAGCUAAUCUUUUUGCUCCUAAAUCUUCUUUUACACUAAAAAAAUGGAGGCCUUAUGGAAUUUAGAGGACAAAUUGAACCUCACGACUCGAAAGGCGGUCGCGUUUUUCGCAUGCACGGUCCUACUAGCAUUCGGCUUGUGCCUAACCGUGGUUUAUUUUAGGAGAAAAAUCCUCGACUCGCGGGCUAGCAUUCACCAAGAGCCAUGCAAGAACGAGACAUCGUACGGGCCAAUGCGGGCCGGGCAUUCGGGCCGGUGCUCGGUGGUUCGGGCCUUGAUGCGGGCCCUUCGGUGGAGCGGGCCGAGCUCGUGGGCUAGCGGGCUUAGGGGGAGCCGGAGGUCGGAGGCUCCAACUUCCCUUCUGGUGAAGAAGUGUGAUAACGGGGGAGAUGUGGGGUGGCAGAGCAAUAACUCGACUUCCGCGGUUUGGAAAAAGCCGAUACUUAUGGGGGGAAAGUGCGAAUUCCCGAGAUUUAGUGGGCUCAUUUUGUAUGACGAGAGGGGCGCGCCACUUGAUCAGCAGUGUGAGCUAGGGACUCUGCAUAAACAGGAGAUUUCACCUCCAGCUGUGAGAACUACUCUAAGGGACUUGCUUUGAUAUAUUUGCCUAUGGAAUUGGCCUUGAGGAGCUCAGAGUUUAAUUUUACCCAAAAGUUCAUUAAUAAAGUGCAAAUUUAUUUGUUAAUCUUGUAAUUUUGUGUUACUUACAUUUUUUACUAGACAUGAGGCCCAAGUAUGAUUAAGGAACUUGGGCUCAGGCUUAUCUUUUUAACAGUCUUUUUUAUCAUCUGAGUUUUCCCUUGUUGUUGUUCUGUCUUUGGCAUGUAAUAUUAAUAAUAAGAACCAAUAAAUCAAAGCUUC